AUGGGGGACAUUCAGACAGAGCGUGCCUACCCAAAGCAGCUGACCAUGUUCCAAAACAAGAAGAGGGUCCUCUUGGGGGAAACUGGCAAGGAGAAGCUCCCCCAUUACUAUAAGAACAUUGGCCUGGGCUUCAAGAGGCCCAAGGAGCCCCCUGAGGGCACCUACAUUGGCAAGAAAUGCCCCUUCACCGGCACCGUCUCUAUCCGAGGGCGGAUUCUGUCUGGCGUGGUGACCAAGAUGAAGAUGCAAAGGGCCGUGGUCAUCCGCCGAGACGACCUGCACUACAUCCCCAAGGACAACCGCUUUGAGAAGCGCCACAAGAACAUGUCUGUGCACCUGUCCCCCUGCUUCAGGGACAUCCAGAUCGGCGACAUCGGCCCCGUGGGCGAGUGCCAGGUCAAGGCCCUGGCCCCUCCCCGGAACAGGACCAGAUCCCAGGCCCCCAGCCCCUCCCUGCCCUGGACCUCCCUGGUCCACCAACUCACCCUCUGCCACGGCUAG